GCGUGUUUUCCGGUGGAAAAGACCGAAGGUGCAUACGUGGCAGUAUAGGCACCGCUGGAUUGUGAACACUUGAUGAUCAACGGUAUAGAUAUAUUUUGGGCGAUGAGUGCUUGUUGAAAACAAACAAAAAAGAAGAGAGAGAGAGAGAGAGAAAAUUUAAGAAGAGGGGAAAGAGUCAGAGAGGAGCAUUAAGGACAUGGCGGCGUUGCGGAGCGCGAGACAGAAAAGAAACAAAACUUUCUGAUCGCUCGAAUCUCUCUUAAAUACUCUCUAUACCGACAAUCCAACUUUCACAGUUCCAAAAGCUUUAUUCGAUUUCUAAAAUAAACCCUACAGCUACUCUACAUUCCUUGCAUUAAUCUCUUCUUCUAUUCACUCCAGCCUGAGAGAGAUAACAUAAUAUCAUCAUCUUCCUUAUCAAUUGAUCGUUUCUUCUUGUGGAAAGAUUAGAAGACAUGUGGGAGUGUUGAUUAAGUGGGAAAAGAAAAGCCCUUGAAAUUUGGUAAUAUAUGGCUGGUUGUGUCCAACUAUGGCAGGCUUUUUCUCUCUAGGCAACGGCGCAGGAGUAGACGGAGGAGGAAGCCGCCAAGACGCCACUACUACUAAUAGAAAUAAUAAUCCUUCUCCAUCCGGAAACGAAUCUUGGCUCUGGUGCAGAAACCCUAACUCAAACACAAACGCAAACGUUGGGUGUGGUGAUAUCGCUCCUUCUUACAAAGGAACACUUGAGUUAUGGCAACACCCAAACAAUCAACAGAUCAUUUUCCAGCAGGAGCAGCAACAAAGGCUGGAUCUCUACACUUCCGCUGCUGGUUUAGGCGUUGGUCCAAGCAACCGGGGCUUAAUUGAAACUUCCGGCGGUGGAGCCUCCGCGUUAAUGAUGAUGAGAAGUGGUGGCGGCGGCGGCGGGCCCAGCUGCCAGGACUGUGGGAACCAAGCUAAGAAAGAUUGCGCUCACAUGAGGUGUAGGACUUGCUGCAAGAGCCGAGGCCUUCAGUGUCCCACUCACGUGAAGAGCACGUGGGUUCCUGCCGCCAAACGCAGGGAACGCCAACAGCAGCUUGCCUCCUCUCAGCAACCGCAAGAUGAGAGCGUUGUUCCUAAACGGCCGAGAGAGCAUUUCCCAAUGCUAGCAAGAUCUACUUCCCUUGUGUGCACUCAUAACACCUCAGGGCUACAGGUUGGAAAUUUUCCGCCGGAAAUUAGCUCAUCUGCAACUUUCCAGUGUGUGCGUGUGAGUUCGGUAGAUGAGGGAGAAGAUGAGUAUGCAUACAAAACAGCUGUGAGUAUAGGCGGUCACGUUUUCAAAGGUAUUCUCUACGACCAAGGUCCGGCCGAGAGAAGCUCAUCGGGCGGUGGAUCUCAGCCGUUGAAUCUCAUAACCGCAGGGCCAUCGGCCUCCUCGUCAAGCGCAAACGUGAGCUGCAACAAUGGAGUCGUUGGCUCCACUUCAGAUCAUUACAUUGAUCCUGCCUCACUUAAUUAUCCUACCCCCAACAACAGUUUCAUCACUGGUACACACUUCUUCUCAAACCCUAGAUCUUGACAGAUCAUAGCCAUUUAAUUCUUACAGUACAACUAGGGUUUUUAGAAAGGAGGAGGAGGAGGAGUUUAUAACGUUAAUCAGUGUUUUAAAGAUUAAUCUCCAAAUCCUGAGAAUGUUUCUAUUCUAUGUUUAAAUUGUUACCUGUCUUUUAAUAUUAUGUUCAAUUUCUGUUAAAAAGUUAAGUUCUCUAUCAUCUGCGUACAAAAUUUAAU